AUGGACCAGUUGCAUGCGCACGCACAAUCGCCGGCCUCGUUUACACCCGCCUCCGACGCAGGUGCAAGUCGUACGCCACCGACCGCCGAAACACGGGCCAGUCCGCGCUCCUGUCUCGCCUGCAAAGCCAAAAAGAUUCGAUGCGACAAGACGCGGCCAUGCCAGCGCUGCACACGCGCCGGGCGGUCGUGCGCGUACCCGCCGCCAGGCCCUCGCGUUCGGCGGACCAAAGGGGCCAUCAUGGCCGCCAUGGCGUCGCGGCUUGCCGAUCUAGAGGCGCAGUUGAAGGAGAAGGGCGUGCCAAAGAGCAUUGGCAUGGCAGAGAAGCGGGUGACGCACCGGCAAACACAACACGCAUCAACGCGAGAUACUGUCACUCCUGGACACACUGUCGACGUACUCGUGGAGAGAGGCUCAUCGAGUCAAUACUUCAACGAGGUCUUGCUGGCUCGCGUUAUCGGCGACGAUGAUGACGGUCGCAUUGGCCACAGCCUGUCCGCACUGGCCUCCCAUACUCGCCCCACCAAUCGCUCAACGCUGGCCAUCCGCCUCUGGCACACCUACCUCGACAAAGUCGACGGCUGUUCGGGGCUUAAACUGCUGCACGUGCCUACGGACGAGGUACGCGUCUUUUCUGCGAUCCACGACCCGGAUGCGACGUCGUACGACGACCUGGCCCUCUGCUUUGCCAUAUACUUUGCUGCCCUGGUGUCGUUGGAGGAGGGAGAGGCCGCUCUGUUACUGAAAGGUGAUGGACACCUCAGCAUCAGCAAAACAGACAUGCUGCAGAAGCUCAAGCUCGGCCUGGAGCAGUCGCUGGCGCAUGGCGACUUUCUCGACCGCCCCACCCUCACGGGUCUGCACGCCCUCGUCAUCUAUCUGGCCAGCCUGCGUUUCUGCAAUCGCGGAAAAGGCCUGUGGGUGCUCAACGGUCUGGCCGUGCGGGUGGCCCAGUCGCUGGGCUUGCACCGGGACGGGCAACGUUUGCGGCGCACCACCCAGCGUACCCUGACGCCCUUCGAGGCCGAGAUCCGCCGCCGGCUAUGGUGGCACCUACUAUCGCGUGACGGGCGCGCGAGCGAGGACUAUGGCCUCGACAACAUGGCGACCCUGGGCAGUGGGAGCAAUCUGCUGGCCGAGUCGGAUGUGCAGCUGCCGUUGAACGUGGAUGACGCCGACCUGGUGCCAGACAUGGAGACUCUCCCCAAGGAAAAGGCCGGCUGGACGGCCAUGACGUUCUCGCUGAUCCAUAUUGCGCUGUAUCGAACAGCGCAGCGGCUAGCCGCGUUGGCAGCUGCCGCAACUACCAGUGAUGACGAACCGUCGUCGGAAGACACUCGUGACCGCAUCAUGGCUGACCUCCGUGCCGACGUGGAACAGCGCCUCGGCCGCUGCAACCCGCUGCUGCCCCAGCAGCAAAUGACCAUUUCCUGCAGCCGCUUCCUCCUCCGCAAGCUCGACUUUGUGUCCCGGCUGCAGUGGGCGCUGCUCGUCGGCCGUGGCGGUGCCGUCGAGCUGGUCACCGACGCCAAUUUGGUGGAAGCCCUGGCCAUCCUCCAGCCGCGUCUCUUCCACGAGGACAGUCUCCUCCUCCGAUACGCCUGGCCCCCGCCAGGCCUUCCCACAGUACCACAUCGUCAUCCGCACGGCCCGCAUGUGGGCGACGCCUGGACGGCACUGGACACACUCUUCGCACACGAGUUGAACGGGGCACAGACGGUGGCCAGUCACGAGAGUGCCGCGACGGGCUUUGGCGCCAAGUUCGCCGUCUUGGCGGCGCUCAAGGCCAAGGCCGAAACCAUUACAGGGAGAACACAGGCGGGGACAGUGCAGCGGGUUGGAACUGGAUCUCGUUCUCCUACCGAUACGGGCCAAACCAUUCUGAAGAGCAACACUCCCUUCUCGGGCCGUGUUGGAGCUGAGACUGCAAAUGCGUCGUCGACAGCAUUGCCCUCGUCCGGCCCUCCUUCAGGUAGCUUGUUUGGUGACGACAGUGUUGAUCUGGGACUAGACUUAAGCAGCGGUUUGCUUGACUUUGGCCUCGAUGGCAUGUGGUCGGCCUGGGGUGAUGAGCAGCCGCCGUUGCUGUGA